AUGUCAAACAGUGUCAGCUUUUAUGGAUAUAAAUAAAGCAUAUUUUCCUUGUCAUUCAUCAUACUUAACUUGUUUUAGAAGAACAAUAGAACAUGCAAUUCUUCUUAAAAUAGAUAAUUAAAAGGGUUAAAAUGUAUAUGUGCACCUGGCUAUUAUGAAUCAAAUAAAAUUUGUACAAGUAUAAAUAAUAAUAAAAAUUAUAGAUUGUCCAUAUAGAGAAUAUACAUCCCUAAGUCAAUACUAUUAAUAAUGUAAUAAUAAUUAAAUAAUACGGCAUACAAUAACUUGUAAUUUAUGUGAUUCUGGAUAUCAUAUAGUAUCUGGAGAAUGUCAACCAAUUUGCGGAGAUUUAUAAUAUAAAUAUAAGGAUAUGAAUAAUGUGAAGAUAGUAAUACAGAUCUUAAUGAUUUAUGCUUUAAUUGUUAAUUCUAAUGUUCAAGUCAUUGUUUGA